UUACUCUUUCUCUCUCAAAUGGAGACUAAAAAACUCUUCAACAUACCCAGAGGUGCGACGGCUUUGCGCAAUCGGAGUGAUGGGCAAAAUAUAGAGAAAGAGGAGGAGAUGGGGACCAUCAAUCCUUGA